UGAAAUCCUUGUUUUUCGAAGUGAAUUAUAAGCAAAUAAAAAUAAAUUUUAGUAAUUUUGCUUUUUUAUGUAUGUUGAAUCAAUGUUAAUAAUGCCCGAACCGUUUGAUUUAAUAAUAUUUUUUGGCAGAUACUAUAGUAUCUUGACGACGGCAAAACAAAUGGCAUUUUCAGCCUUAUCAAAAAUGUGAGAUUUUUUUAUAAUGUCAUGAAGCAAUUGAAGACAUAAAUCGGGAAAAAGUUACAGAUAUGCAUACAACCAGUACAUUGAGAGGGGUUUUUCCGGAAACAAAACCUGCUUAUCGAAGAAAUUUCAUCAAAGAAAAUGUGAAAUCUAUCAAGCAGUUACAGGGUUUACUCCAAGAAGCAGGAAUACCAAAAUCUAAGGGAUCAAAUAUGGAAAAAUUUCACAAUGUUCCGUCCUUCCACAAAACAAGAGAUGCUACACCUCAACGCCAGCAAAUGAAUCAUCUUAAUAAAAACUCAAAGUCGCCCACCAGAAAAACUAUUUCUCUCGGAUUAAAACUGAAAGCUGAAGACAAAGCAGAAAUACCUGAUGUUAACACUGAUUCAACUCACCAAAGUGGACAGAAAGUCACUCAUCGUUCAGUGCAAACGGAACGAACGGAUGACAUCAAUAAAUUAUUUGAAACUGGGGUAAUCAAAUAUCCAAGUGCUGGUUUAGCAAAGCUGAGGGAAUCUCCAAAUUUAAAAGAUCAUGGUGAUGAUCUUGAUAGGGAUAUUCAGAACUUAGAACUGGAUGAAAAAGAUUUUAUAAAAGAAAAUAUGAGAGGUUUCAAACCAAGGGCUGUGAAACAACUUCUUACUAAAGUACCAGCUGAAGCACCACCAACAUAUCAGAGGGGAGUUGUCCCAAAAUACAUUAGGGAUAGGAAACAGGAUAAAGUGGAAGAUGAAGAGGAACCAUGUCCUGUAGGUCAUGUACUCUUGCCUGAAGAAGAAAGGAAAGAAACUUUGAGGGUUUUGAGACAAAGUUAUGCUGAUCGAAUUCAAGAACUGAAUUGUUUGCCUGUACGGAGUGACACUCUUAGAAUAAAAAAAAGGAAGAUGGAAAUAGAAGAAGAGUUGAAAAGAAUAGAUGGAGGCAUUAAAGUUUUUCAAAGGCCCAAAGUGUAUGUUAAAGUGGAUGCUUGAAAACAGCAACAUAUCAGUUUCAAAAUGGAUUGCUAUGGUUAUUAAUAAAAUUAUGUAUUCGUGGCUAAUUGACUAAAACUAUUUAUUGUUUACAUUGUGAUUCCACUAGGCGUUGAGUCUUUCAUAGUACAUUCAUUGUGAAUUAAAAAAAGUAAUCAUUUUCAUUGGUCAAGACUGGAUUUGAGACACUGAUGUUAUUACACUUCACAGAUAUUUUUUCAAUGCCUGAAUUAGAAAUUAUAUUUUAAUAUUUCUCAGGAC